GUCAAGCCGGCCCGGGGAAGCGAGUCCAGUCUGAAGCAUAGCCUUCGUCCGGUGUGGUGGGUCCCCGGAGCCUCAGAGGAUCUCAGCUCUUUGAAAUCAAGGAACAUGCUAAGGAGUUGGCUGAUUAUUUUUAUCCUUUUUCCUCUGAAGCUCAUAGAAAAAUGUGAGUCAACGGUCAACCUCACUGUUCCUCCCACUGUCAAGCUGGAAAAUGGAAGCUCCGCGAACAUCAGCAUCUCCCUUGAGCAUCCGUUAAAUACAACCUUGGUGAUCACUUUUGAAAUCACAUUUCGUUCAAAGAAUAUCACUAUCCUUGAGCUCCCUGAUGAAGUUGUGGUGCCUCCCAGAGUGACAGAUUCCUCUUUUCAAGUGACAUCUCAAAAUGUGGGGCAAAUGACUGCUUUUCUGCAUGUAAAUCAUUCCAACCAAACCAGCCCAAGGAUACGCUUCUUGGUGAUACACAGCAGUGUCGUGAGCAUCAUAAACAAGGUGAUUGGCUGGAUCUACUUUGCAGCCUGGUCCGUCUCCUUCUACCCUCAGGUGAUCAAGAACUGGAGGCGGAAAAGUGUUGUUGGUCUGAGCUUCGACUUCGUCACCCUGAACCUGACGGGCUUCGUGGCCUACAGCGUGUUUAACAUCGGCCUCUUCUGGGUGCCCCACAUCGAGGAGCAGUUUUUCCUUAAAUACCCGAAUGGAGUGAACCCCGUAGAGAGUAAUGAUGUCUUCUUCAGCCUGCACGCAGUCGCCCUCACCCUGGUUGUCCUGGUGCAGUGCUUCCUGUAUGAGCGAGGCAGCCAGCGCGUGUCCUGCCCUGCCAUCGGCUUUCUGGUGCUUUUGUGGCUCUUCGCGUUCAUCAUCAUGAUUACGGCCGCCGUUGGGGCAACCACAUGGCUGCAGUUUCUCUUCUGCUUCUCCUACAUCAAGCUGGCAGUGACACUGGUCAAGUACUUUCCACAGGCCUACAUGAACUUUCACUACAAAAGCACUGAGGGCUGGAGCAUUGGCAAUGUGCUUCUGGACUUCACUGGGGGCUGCUUCAGCCUCCUCCAGAUGUUCCUCCAGUCCUACAACAACGACCAGUGGACCCUGAUCUUUGGAGACCCUACCAAGUUUGGACUCGGCAUCUUCUCCAUCUUCUUCGAUAUUGUCUUCUUCGUCCAGCACUUCUGCUUGUACAGAAAGAAACCAGGGCUUCAGGCAGCACGCACAGGUUCUGACAGCCAUCCCAAGCAGGACUGGGCACUGAGCUUGCAGCCGAAGGCCUUGCCUCAAGCAACCAGUGUUUCUAGGAGCAGCUUGAAGGACUGACCUCACAGCUGAGAGUGCCAAGGGUGCUUUGCUGCCACUGCUGUGUUCCCAGAGACCAAGCAGCCAGUGGAUUCAGGUGCUAGUGCCGGUGGCAGAGGGGCUAGGACUUGGGAGUUAGGCCUUGGGGGGGGUCCCUUUUCUGAAGGCCACAGUCUCUGAACCUUCACCUGCCUGACACUCCCUCAACUUGCACGACUGUCCUUACCAGGUGGCCCAGGCCAGGGCCUCCUAAAGAAACAGUAUUUCUGGGCCUUGAGGUGCCCAACAGAUUCUGAACUGGCCUCAUACGCAACACCCUCUGGAUCUUGACCACACUAACCCCUUUUGGAUUUUCUGGAGGGAUGCUGUGGAAGUGAGUGGCUUCCUUUCCUCUGCCUUCUGCCUACCUCCACUUUCCCAGAGUCGGGCCCCAUGUGAGCCCCUCCAACUGUUACUUACCCGCAUCUGGUGUGCAGGAGACACACAGAACAUGUGCCUUAGAGGCCUCUUAGACCUGCCAGAUGGUGAGAGGAGCUCCCAUGGGGGGAAAGGCAGGCGUCCCCUUUCCUCACUUCCCCCAGACCCCUACCUGAGGCCAAGUUUUUGGCUGUUCAGGAGCCUCAGAUAAGGACUUGAGACCACCUCACACAAUUCUCGUGGGCCAAGCCCUGAUCCCAAACCCCCUUCCCUCCCAACCCAAGCAGUCGCCCUCCUGUGGCAGGAGGGGAGGGUCCCAGGACGUGCCUUGUACCUGCCUUGAGUUUGUCAAUCCAUUCCGACUUUUUACUACAAUAUCAAUGUCAGGGGCCGGUAUCUGAAUUAAAACCUGAUUGUUUCCUUUUG